CUUACUAAAACACCUUGGAGGGACCCGCCACUGCCCGCUUCUUUCACGGAUUAAACAAUGAUUGGACGUUAAACACUAGAUCUUGCUCGUAUUCGAAGCAGCAUUUUGUGGAAUAGGGCGCGCGACUGCUAUGAUAAUCCAACCGGUGCCGGUUGACAUCCCCCGAUCCCAAUGAUCAAGUUGGGAAGUCUUAGGGUCGUUAGUUGCAGACAAUUGGUAACAUGGAGGGUUCCUAUAAAAUGCUAUGAUAUCCAUAAAAGCCAUCUUACGACUGGCAUAUUGUCAGCACAAACAACAUCAUGGUCAAAUUCUCCCAUGGGUGCUGGCAUCCAGCGCCUAACACCAUCAUAGACUGGGCGGUUGAGACAGUCAAAGCUCAAGCAAAAGAGGAUUCGUUACAUUUUGUUACGGCUUCAAAACCAAUCAAUUUCAGGGGAGACACCUUGAACAACCCGACUUUGACACACCACAUCAGCUCUCCCAUCGACGAUGUUAUCUACCUAUCAUCCACACAUUGGAGGCAACAGAAGAGUGUCACCCAAGGACCGAAUUAUGAGUUGUUUCCAAACGGGCAACAGAAGCAUGUUGACUCUGUUGAUACGUCCAAGACCGACGAAAGCCUAGUUUUCAACGUAGGAGAUCUUUCGGCCACGGUAAAUACUCAGCCGAAGGCGUUUGACCUCAGCUUUCGUCACAAGAAACGACAGUUGACUAGGCUGGGAUGGCGGUCAAUUGGCUACAUCAAAGAAGACACAACAGCUUUGCACCCGAAAGCUAACUACACGGACCCAAACAAGGGUAGGCGAUGGGUAACAUAUCAAUUACAGCUCGGUGUCGGGGAGAAGGUGUAUGGCCUCGGCGAGCGCUUCGGCAAUUUCAUCAAAAAUGGACAGACCAUCGACCUCUGGAACGACGACGGUGGUACCGGAUCUGAGCUCACUUAUAAGAAUGUUCCCUUCUUCAUCACAUCCGCCGGUUACGGUGUGUUCAUUCCCACCUCAAGCUUUGUGUCUCUCGAGAUUGGAAGUGAGCGUACUACGAGGAUCAACAUUGCUGUUCCAGGAGAGACUCUGUCCAUGUACCUGAUUCAUGGAGCAACACCGAAGGACAUCAUAUCCACCUAUACCAAGAUUACCGGAGUUCCCGCUCUCCCCCCAGCAUGGACUUUCGGGCUUUGGCUAAGCACAUCCUUCACCACCAACUACGAUGAAAACACUGUGAAUACGUUCCUCGAAGGUAUGAAGGAACGCGAGAUCCCUGUCAGCGUUUUCCACUAUGACUGUUUCUGGAUGCCAGGAUUUGAAUGGUGUGAUUAUGAGUUUGAUAAGGAACAAUUUCCAGACGCGAAGGGUCAGCUUCAACGGAUGAAGGAUAAGGGCAUCAGAGUAUGCGUUUGGAUCAAUCCUUACAUUGCCCAAGAGAGUUCCAUCUUUGACGAAGGCGCUGAGAAGGGCUAUUUCAUCAAGCGCGGGGACGGAAGUGUUUGGCAAUAUGAUUUCUGGCAAGCUGGCAUGGGCUUUGUCGAUUUCACAAAUCCUGACGCUUGCAAAUGGUACCAGGACAAACUUCAGAAACUUGUCGACAUGGGUGUAGAUUCCUUCAAGACAGAUUUCGGUGAGCGCAUACCCACCGGAGACACUGUCUAUUUCGACGGGUCCGACCCGGAAAAGAUGCACAACUACUAUGCGUACCUGUACAACAAGGUCACGUUUGAGGUUCUGGAGAAGAAUUUCGGCGAGCACAAAGCAGCACUUUUUGCUCGCUCUGCGACUGCCUGCUCACAGAAGUACUCUCUGCAUUGGGGCGGAGAUCCUUACUCCAAUUUCGAGGCUAUGGCGGAGACACUUCGUGGUGGACUCUCGCUUGCACUGUGUGGAUUCGGAUUCUGGGCUCACGAUAUUGGAGGAUUUGAGGGCAACCCAGAUCCUGCCUUGUUCAAGCGCUGGAUAGCAUUCGGACUUUUCUCUUCACACUCUAGACUUCACGGAAGCGCAUCAUUUAGGGUUCCAUGGCUCAUCGAUGAGACAGAAGAGGCCUCUAAAGUCUUGAAGCACUUCGUUGGGAUUAAACACAAGCUCAUGCCGUACCUCUACUCCCAAGCGAUUGCUACACAUCAGACCGGUGUACCAAUGUUACGCGCGAUGUUUCUCGAGUACCCAACAGACCCAGCAAUCUGGUACCUUGACCAGCAGUACAUGUUGGGCGAUAGCAUACUCGUUGCUCCUAUCUUUAGUGAAGAUAAUUCGGUCACGUACUAUCUCCCCAAGGGCGAAUGGUACGGUAUCCUUGAUCAGAAGAUUCGGACCGGACCCGGUUACGUGACCGAGUCGUUCGAUUUCCUCGGUCUUCCAGCCUUGCUGAAGCCAGGCGGAGCCAUUGCCAUGGGCAAGGGCGGCGAUAAGGUCGAGUAUGAUUGGGCCGAUGGCUUCAAAGUGUUGAUUAAUGUGCAAGAUGGUAUGGAAGUCUCGGUCAAUAUCCCUCAUCAUGAAAACUUAGGGGAAAACGCACUGGCUUUGAACAUCAAGGCAAGCGCUGACAAGAUCUCUGUGGACGUUCUGGAGGGAAAAGCGAGCAGCAAUUGGGAGAUAGUCGUCGUCAACAAGAAGGCUAUUAAGGCUGAAGGUGGGGAGAUCAACGGUGAAGGGGUCGUUUCAGUAACCCCAACAACGUCAAAACUCACCAUUGAUCUGUAGAUGCUACUUCAGAUUAUG